AUGACUGGAAUUCAAAUUUCAUCAUUAAAGAACACAGAUUUGUUUAAGUCCUUAAAAGUUGGUCAGAAUACUUUGUCUAACAAAGUAGUUUAUCCACCAACCACCAGGAUGAGAGCAUUAGAGGAUCACACACCAUCUGAUUUGGAAUUAGAAUACUACGGCUCGAGGUCUAAAUACCCAGGGUCAUUAUUGAUUGCGGAGGCUACGUUCGUUUCAGAACAAGCAGGUUUAAAUGGUUCAGUUCCAAGUACAUGGAAUUCAGAACCGGCUGGUUAUGUUCCAGGUAUUUGGAAUGAGAAACAUGUAAAAGGGUGGAAAAAAAUUACUGAUAGAGUCCAUGAGAACGAUUCGUUUAUUUCAAGUCAAUUUUGGUUUUUAGGUAGGGUCGGCGAUCCACAACUAUUAAAGGACCAUGGAUUGGAUUAUGUUGCACCAUCUGCAAUUUACCCAGAUCAAGAUUUUAGAAACAAAGCUGAAGCUGCUGAAAAUCCUCUUAGAGCCUUAACAGAAGAGGAAAUUCAUGAACUUAUUUAUGAGACAUACACAAAUGCGGCUAAGAAUGCGAUCGCUGCUGGAUUUGAUUAUAUCGAACUUCAUGCAGCUCACGGAUACUUGCUCGAUCAGUUCUUGAACCCGGCUACAAACCAAAGAACUGAUAAGUAUGGUGGUAGCAUCGAAAAUAGAGCAAGGUUAGUUUUAGAAUUGGUUGAUCAUUUAACAACUCUUGUUGGUGCAAGCAAAUUGGCUAUCAGAAUUUCACCAUGGGCCAAAUUUCAAGGUAUGGAUGCUGAAAAAGAUUCAACUCAUCCUAUCACAACAUUAAGUUACGUCUUGCAUGAAUUACAAAAAAGAGCAGAUAAUGGCAAGGGGCUUGCAUAUGUGUCAGUUGUCGAGCCCCGUGCUCAAGGGGGCGAUGAUGUUGAAAAGUCUCAACAGGUUGGUGAUAAUACAUUUGUUGGACAAAUUUGGAAGGGUGUUAUUUUAAAGAGUGGAAAUUAUACCUAUGAUGCUCCUAAUUUCAAAACUUUGUUGAAUGAUAUUAGUGAUAAUCGUACCAUGGUCGGUUUUGCCAGAUAUUACACUUCGAAUCCCGAUUUAGUCAAAAGAUUAUACGAGGGAUGGGAUUUAACUCCGUAUGAUAGACUGACUUUUUACGGUUCUAGUAACUGGGGUUAUAAUACAUUUAAUAGUUAUAAUGAAAAUCGUGAAUUUACUAAAGAUGUUGAAAGCGAUAUAUUGCCUGAAGCCAUAGAAGAGAUAGAUGUCAAAUAG